AUGGUAAUUGCAAUCUCAGUCAGAAAUCUAUCCUUCUCCUUUAAUCAAGCGGAUGAAACUGCGUUGAAGAAUCUCAGUAUGGAUAUUGAGCAAGGCUCUAGAUGCUUGCUCGUUGGUGCUAAUGGCGCCGGGAAAAGUACACUGCUGAGGAUCUUGGCGGGCAAGCGUCUCACUAAAGGUCAUGUACAGGUCUAUGGCAAAGAUGUAUUCCAGAAUCAACCCAGUGGAAUUACUUAUUUAGGUACAGAGUGGGCCAUGAAUCCCGUCGUUCGUGGUGAUAUACGCGUUUCAGAGUUCCUUGACUCAGUCGGUGGUUUCAGACACAAGGAUAGAAGAGAUACACUGCUCAACAUUCUAGAUGUGGAUGUUGAUUGGAGGAUGCAUCAAAUAUCUGACGGUGAAAGACGCAGAGUCCAACUUGUGAUGGGUUUGAUGGUUCCUUGGACGCUUUUGCUGCUUGACGAGGUCACUGUAGACCUCGAUGUCGUCGUCAGAACGGACCUGAUAAAUUUCCUCAUUGCGGAAUCCAAGGAGAGAAACGCGACUAUACUGUACGCCACCCACAUCUUCGACGGAUUGUUCAACUUCCCUACACACGUGAUGCAUAUGAGACUGGGAAGCAACGUAGGCAACCCUGAGCCAUGGCCGCUUGUACCACAGUCACCACUGCAUCACAUUAUCAAACAAUCAAACGUAGAAGCUUCGCCACUCCUCAAACUUGCGCUGGCUUGGCUGAGAGAGGAUCUGGUGUACAGACGCGAGUAUGAAAAGUCCAUAGACAGACAGCGUGGAGCGAGAUCUGAAACUACAGAUUCGGAAACAUUUUAUUCAAGAUUUGAUUAUUGGAAAGGGAAAUAG